AUGCCAAGGAGUUUCUCCUCCGGGUGGAACGUGAAUCCGACACCAACGAAAGACCAGGUCGGAAAAUAUGGCGCGUCACUCCCGAAUUGCGCUCCAGUGAACUGCGCACUUCUGGGUAUCGGCAACUUCCCCCAUGGAGUAGGUGCUCUUCCCCGGUCACAAACCUCUUUUACUAGUGCGGAAACCUCUCGCACCCCCAAAGCGGAGACGCCCUAG